AUGAGUGGUGAAGAAGGACAUGGCUGUGAAAUGGCCAAUGGAUAUUAUUCAUGGCUUACUAUUUUUCAAGUGUUCGACACAAAUUACGAUGGUUAUAUUGCGACGCAUGAUCUAAGACGAUUUGUUCGUAAUUCAGCUACUUCAUUUGGAUUAUCAAGACAAGAAGCGGACGCUUUAUUGCAAAAUAUUGAUAAGAAUGGUGAUCAUCUACUCGAUUUUGCUGAAUUCUGCACCCUGAUGAGCAAAGCUAAAAAGCUGCGCAUGCGACACGUAUUGUUUCGAGCGGCACAAAUGGUGGUACCCCGGAGCAGUCGAACAAUAGCAGCUUACGUCUAUUAUGUUGUGCGACUUAGAAGCGGAAUUGAACUGUAUGGGCCGGUACCUCAAAAAUCUCUCCUCAUAUUCAAUCCUUAUAAAACCAAUGAAGUGUGGAGAUAUUUCACUUACAUGUUUAUUCAUAUAGGGAUAAUACAUUUGGCUUUCAAUAUCUUAACACAAAUCGUUCUUGGCAUUCCACUCGAAUUGGUCCAUAAAUUUUGGAGAAUUGCUUUAGUAUAUCUGUCUGGUGUUCUAGCUGGUUCUUUGCUGGAUUACGCUAUUGACCCGCGAACGCACUUGGCUGGGGCCUCUGGAGGUGUUUAUGCUUUGCUUGCAGCACAUAUAGCCGAACUACUGAUUAAUUGGGCCGAAAUGGAAUUUGCACUUUACCGAGCUCUUGUUUUGCUAGUUCUGAUCUCAAGUGACGUAUCCUUGGCCAUCUACCAUCGAUACUACCUUAACACGACGGAUAAAGUUUCUCAUGUAUCGCAUCUUGCUGGCUUCGUGGCUGGAGUGCUAAUGGGUACCGUCGUGUUACGGAAUUUUCGAAAGAAGAAUUGGGAACGUAUAGUAUGGUGGAUUGCUUUUACAGUAACAGGCUCUUCAUUCUCAAUACUUGUCUUACUCAAUAUCAUACCGCAUAUCUGA